GCUCCUGCAUACAUAGCUGACACGCCACCUACUGCAAAAUCCAGCUGACAGCGCAGGCGAUGCAGCCGGCGUUUCCAUUCCCUCACCAGGCUGGGGCUGAACAAAAGCGUGCUGUGUGGUAGUGUUUCUCUUUAAACAAUCUCAAAGCCAAGAGGAACAAGCUGCAACAACAUCUUCAAAAAAUGGAGCGUAAGAUAAACAGAAGAGAAAAAGAAAAGGAGUCUGAGGGGAAACACAACAAUACGGAAGACGCUGACCUCGGAAAGCACUGCAAAUCCACACUGAUAACCCUCAACGUUGGUGGGUACUUAUACAUUACUCAGAAACAAACACUUGCCAAGUACCCAGAUACUUUCCUUGAAGGUAUAGUAAAUGGAAAAAUCCUCUGUCCGUUUGAUGCUGAUGGUCAUCAUUUCAUAGACAGGGAUGGGCUCCUCUUCAGGCAUGUCCUAAACUUCCUACGAAAUGGAGAACUUCUACUGCCUGAAGGGUUUCGAGAAAAUCAACUUCUCGCACAAGAAGCAGAAUUCUUUCAGCUCAAAGGACUGGCAGAAGAAGUGAAAUCCAGGUGGGAAAAGGAACAGCUAACACCCAGAGAGACGACUUUCUUGGAAAUAACAGAUAACCACGACCGCUCACAAGGACUGAGAAUUUUCUGUAAUGCUCCUGAUUUCAUAUCAAAAAUAAAAUCUCGCAUUGUGCUGGUGUCCAAGAGCAGGCUGGAUGGGUUUCCAGAGGAGUUUUCAAUAUCAUCUAAUAUCAUUCAGUUUAAAUACUUCAUAAAGUCAGAAAAUGGCACUCGACUUGUACUAAAGGAAGAUAACACCUUCGUCUGCACCUUGGAAACUCUUAAGUUCGAAGCUAUCAUGAUGGCUUUAAAGUGUGGUUUUAGACUGCUGACCAGCCUGGAUUGUUCCAAAGGGUCAAUUGUUCACAGCGAUGCACUUCAUUUUAUCAAGUAAUUACCUGUAUCUAGAACAAAGCAACAAGCAUGCAGCCAGCAAGCUUCGGGCCAACAACAUCAUCAAAGUCAUCACACACAAUGUGUCCAGCUAGCUCCGUACUACAGAGUCCUGCUGCUAAUCAAUUACUGUGAGCUAACGGUAUGUAAAUUCUAUCGCUAAUCAUGUCCUUCUAUGGGUAUUCCUGCUGAUGAGACUCUUACGCCUAAAAUGAAAACAGUGAUCUUCUACACAAUGUAAAUAAAGACUGAAUGCUUUUGCUAUUUGUUUAUCUCUCCUUAAGCUGUCUUUCAAUCAGAAUGUCAAUCACAAUGAUCAAGCAUGUACAUUAUCUAUGGUUCAUUUAAGUAAAUGGUAAUAAAAUAUUGUAAGGGGCUCUAAGAUUUAAAAUCCUUUUUACUUCUGGCAAAUAUCACAAAGAAACUGUACUGGUAAGAUUAAUAACCAUCGAGAGUAUAAAUACAUGUGCAGAUCUAUUAAAACAGAGCUACAGAUACACAAAAUGAGACUAAGAAGGUAUUAAAGCUACUGGUUUAAUUUUUAAUGGCAGGUACCAAAGGUUUAUUUCCUGUGUUUCAUACUAGAAUUGUAGCUGAACUGGUAUUUUGCUGAAAAUUCCUAGAAAACUGUUUGAUGACAAUAAAAAGGGGUGGGGAGCACUGCUAGCUUCUCUGCAUAUAUUAAUCAUGUUAACAAAAGUUCAAUGUGUCAUCUUAAAACAAACAGUAGCACUUGAUGGCUUCACAGAGUAUCCUAUGCAGUGAUGGAGGCAGUCGCAGGCUAUAAUAAUGCUGGCUGGUCCGGGAUGUGAAAACACAAAACCACCCAGCAAAUUCCUUUCUUUGCAGAUUGAGCUCCAACACAACUAACAUAGUUUCAAUGGAAUAGUGUGAUGUUAGAAUAACAAAGAAGUUGAUUUUCAGAA